CCGCUCGGUUUGCUUGAGUUCAGUUUCAGUCAGUCUCCCGUUGGAACCAGCAAGAGCUGGAUGUUCCCGCAGUGCGCUCUUUCUAGUGUGUAGUUUAUCGGAUUUUGUUCGGUCCCGCGGUGUGUGGGUUAUUGGAUUUUUACAUUGAAUCAAUGGUGUGGAAAGCAGCUGGAAGAAGAUUGUUUUGCUAGACUGAAGUCUCUAGGGAAAAGCAGGUAUUCCAAAGGAUUAAGUAGCCGAGCCGAGGAAGUGUUUGAUCAAAACCAGUGACACGAAAAGUGAAAACGAUAAGUUCCCGGGUGAAGAAUGGAACCGCGAAGUUUCCAAACGAAUCGACAUACGGGUGGAUUUUUCAAAGUUGGUGGAAAAUCGAAAAGAUUGUAGCAGUUUUCCCUAUCGCCGCAGCUGACCCCCCUCACCGUUUCUCUCCUGAGUUUUCCUUGAGUCGUCGGUCGCGUGGACUCUCGGAGCAGAUAGUGACAAGUGAGCCGGAGAGUUUUCCUCAUUGGCGAGUCGUCGACACGGAAAAUGACUCUUGAGUUCGAGAUGUGUUGAUGCUGAAUUUUCGGCUGGUGAGUGAAUGUGUGCGUGUGGGAAAACAUUACAAUCGCACGGGAAAAAUAGAGGAAAAUUCAGACGGAAAAGCGGUCCUCAGAAAGAAGGGAAGGUGUGUGCAUCGUAGUGGCGGGACAGGCAACAAGCCCAUGUGCGAUAUGAUUUAAGAAGAGAGAAAGUGGAAGAACCCGUGUUGGACACGAUUCCGCUUUGGACGGCGAACAUCGUCUAUACACAAGUGAAGUGAAUAUUGGCAAGUGGAAUCGAAUAUGGUCUGGAGUUGAAAGGCCGCAGAUUGCGCGAAGAAAGAGAAGAUUGACGUCUGAAAGCAAGCGAGAUUUGUUUCUUAUUUUGGAUACGCGCCGCGCGCUCUCUAAUGGAAAGAUGCUGGAUUAAUCUGCUCAAUUGGACGGAGGCAAAACAUCACGCGUCGAUGCAGUGUAGUAAAUGUCCGGAGCAGCAGAAGCAGAAGAAGACAACGAAAUAACAAUUCCCCCAAUGUGUACGAACGCAACCGGGCGUAGCUGGAACAGAAAAUUGUAGUGAAAGUUUACACCCUUUUUCUGUCUUUCUCCCGCCCCCGCCCUCGCGAUUUAUCUGUCCAUCUUCUUCCAAGUAAAGCAACGUGAUCGUCUCUCGGUACUUAUCGCGCCUUGUACCACGCGUCUUCCUUUGUUUUGUUUUCGGUUUGUAGUUGUGGUUAUUUUUUUUUUGUUUCGCGCUAGUUCCAUUCGUCGGUGUGUAACUCGAAACCUGUAACCGUAGAAGAAGCACAAUGUCCAGCUGGGCGCAACGAAUGCAUCGGCGGGCAGCGACCCUGGGCAGUGUGGUCACUUCGUGUGGCCACCCAGGAUCGCCCUAUCCGCACCGGCUGGAGAAGGUCAAAUUUGGCGUCCCGUUGGAUGAGGUGUGCAAAAACGACAUUCCUGGACCCCUGCUAGUGCUGAUACUGAAGCUGAACAAGGAAGCCCCGGUGCUGAAGGAUGUGUUCCGAGCUCCCGGCCAUCAGGGUGCGAUGAAAAAGUUGAUUCACUUCCUGCAGCAGGGCCGGCUCGUCAACGUGGACAACUAUUCGGUGUACACGAUCGCUUCGGUACUGAAGAAGUUCCUGCGGAAGAUUCCCGGCGGGGUGUUCGGCCGGGACGGCGAAGCAGAACUGUUCCAGAUCGUGGACAUCGAAGACGAACAAGUCCAGCAGGAGCGAAUUCACAAACUACUUAUGUCACUGCCAGGCCACACGCAGCGGCUGCUGGUGCUGCUGUUCGGCACCUUUCGGGUGAUAGCCAGCAAUUCGGAACGGGCCGGUACCGGGAUGACCAGCGAGGCGCUCGGAGUUUCGGUGGCGCCCAGCUUUUUCCAGUCGUGCGUCAGCGACGGCAAAACUGCCCGGAUGGAGGACGUGCUGCGGUUUAAGGUGGCAACCCGGAUCAUGAAGCAGAUGAUCGAACAGUUUGCGGCGUGCGAUCUGUUCGGGCGGGACAACUACGAGUACUAUGCCCGGGUGACCGGACGGGUCCUGCGGGUUCAGGACGAGUGGAUCUUCUCAUUCCGGUAUCCACCGCCGCCGCGAGGGAAAACCGCCCAGCAAAACUAUGCAUUAAAACUAGCUUUAGAAACCGAGAAAACCUGGCUGCAGUGUGAAUGCGAGCGGUGGGGACUAAUCGCUCAAGAGGAGUCCCACUCGACGCCGGCCCUGUUGACCACGGGCGGUCCAAAUGUGGGCAACUCGGCCGUUUCCCUAGGAAUCAUUCCAGAGCACUCGUUGCUGGAGUCCUGCGCGCGACUUUCGGUGUCGCUCGAAGGGCCUGGCAUCUUCAACGUGCAAAAAUCCAGCUGUUCCUCGUCGUCGCACUCGUCCUCAUCGACGACGACCCGGUCCGGCUCGCAGCAUCACAUGACCCUGGACGAACUGCGGGCGGUCAACCGAUACGCCGAGAGCACCAAGAGCCUAUCCUUCCUACCUCAGCAGGUCCACGAGCGACAGGCGGCCCGAAUGCGCACCCGAUCCGAGUGGUUCCUGGGAGCACGCGGUGGUUCCCUGGAGCUGUGCCAUCCGCAGAUCGUCACUUCGACUCCGAUCCCGGGCAGCAUCCUGGGCGGAAUAGGCAGCGGGGGCGGAGGACCAGGACCCGGACACCACCACCAUGGCGUUAUCGGUACCUAUUGUAACAGUAUUGAUGAGCAUUUGAACGAUAUCGUUGUUGUUGAUGUUGAUGUUAACCACCACGAGUAUCUUGGCACCGCCUCGACCACUAAUCACCAUCAUCAUCAUCUGCAUCAUUCCAAACGGCAUCAUUAUCACCACCAUCAUCGCCAUCAUCAUCCGUAUCAUUUCGAGAAUGGCACGGCUACCACUUCCGGUGGUAACAGGCGAUCGCACGUGGCUGGCGGCGAUGGAUGGUUCUUCGAGCACUGCGACUCGAUCGAGAUCGACCCGGAGAACAUUGACGUCGAUAUGCUGGACGAUGUUGACGACGACGACGACGAUGGCCAUCGACUGCGUGACGAACAUGACUUUGCCGUCACGCAGAGCCAUCACUUCGACAAUCGGGCAGAGAACCGACGACGUAGACGACGUCAACUGAUCCGACAGCGACGUCACUCCUACGAUCAACUCUUGUCUACACAUUCCACGGCUACGGCCAACUGUAGUCCGUCACCCAACGAUCAGCGUUCAACGUCGGUUGUCUCCGCGGCCAUGAAGAACCAUUCCAAGCAUGACCAAUCCAUAGACCCGCAAGCACGUGCGAUCGCUUCUGCUACUAAUACGAUUCCCGCCGUUACCAUUGCUACCACAACCGCAACUAGUGCAACCCCGUCCAGGUCUAGCAAUAACCUGAACAUCAACCACACCGCCGCCGGUAGCCAGCGAAGCCCAUCGCGAAACAAUAGUAGCUCGGCCAACAGUACACGUCAGAGCAAUCUGUCCAUACUUGUGUUUACCGUGUUGGAUUUCCUGUUCUAGAAACUUAGUUCCGUCACCAUUUUGACCAAUUUUGUGUGCAGCAAAAUUGCGCUAGCAAAACGGCUGUUGGUUCUAGCGGAUUGGUCAAGACGGGGGUGUUCAAAUGACUGAUGUUUGCUUCUAACUGUAUAUGCACAAACUACCAAUCGAUUUCAUGUGUUUUAUUGUUUUUAAGUUAAAUAUACAUUUUCAUGUAACCACUAAGCUAAUUGGCGAUCAAUUGUUAAUUUAGUUUUGUAAGUAAAGUCGAUCUGAAAAUAGCUACUUUUAAUCUACACUCGCACAUGCAUUUAGCUAAUCGAUGACUAUGAUAAUAACUAUUACACUUGUACACCGUUUUACAAACACAAAUCAAAACCAUAAGUAUUUAUCACCCAACCCACAUGAGCACAGUUAUAUACUUUCCUAUUAGUUGAUAAGGUUUGACGCACGGAGAAAUAAUUUGAAUUUAAUGGCAACCCAGAAUCGAGCGAAUCGAUGUAUCUCAGUAUUUCAUAUAUUGUUUUUUAAAUGCUUAUUUAUCGAUAAUUCUACUUUUAUUUUAAAUAGGAGUUUGUAAGUAAAACAAAUUGAUUAAAUAAACUUUUUUAAUAAAAUCGAAGCCGUCGGUGAUUACUAUAGGAGACGUUCGUUAUUACCUGAAAGAGAAAGCUUAAUUCGUGUAUUUUUUCCACAGUUGCGGAAUUGCAAAAUAGUUUCGAAAUCCUAAAAUGAGAGUGAUCUUUGAUUUGUGAUGCUGCCAAACCAAUAUUGUAACUAUAGUAAUUUCUAUAAACAUUAAAAGAAAACUUUUACAUUACACAGCAUAAUGACAUUUUGACUCAUGCAUGAAAAUGCUUUUACACAAUUGCGAAGUUGUUAGUGAAAGUAAAAAUCUGUAAAGAGUAAUCGAUCGCUGCAGAUACGCUGUUAUGAUACAAAACACAAGAUUUGUGGUUUUGCCCUGAAUAUGUUUGAAAUUAUUUAAACAUUAUGUUGAAUUUCACAAUGGGAAUCCCUUUUUUUGCACAUUUCAAUCUUUAGAAUUUACUAAGUUCACUGAUAUUUAGCUGAUUGACACCAAUCAAACGAUCCUCUAGAAGAGGGGGUUGGUCUAAGUAAA